AUGACCUUUGACGAACCUUUACGGCCGGACGAGGCUCGAAGCAUAUGCCGCUGUGCCAUCGCAUACGCCAGUGACCGGAAAGAUACUAUGGACCGACUUCGAGAAUGUCGACAGAAUCUAAUUGAUGAGAGUGUUGAUCCCGGUACCCUAAGACGAGAUAUCCGUGCGAUCGCAACAACUGAAACCCAAUUGAACUAUCGAAGAGAUGCACCGUCCGAGCUUCAUGAGCUAUACGCCCCGGCAGUCCGAGACGUUUUCCCCGAUGCCGAUGUCCAUAUGGAGGCAAAAGAAAUCUGGGAAAAUAAUGAAAUACACGAAUGUUAUCUCAGAACGUGGCGCUGCAUCAAAAGCACUCUGCUGGAAAUUGAUGAAAAGCUUAAAUGUUAUGGGUAUGUGUCAGUGGAGAAAAAGAAGAUAAUAGCAAUCCUUGAGAUGCUCGUCGUGCAGGUCGGGCGGUUGAGAGAGGCUCUAGUUGGAUUGGUUGUCGUGGAUAAGUUUGCAAACGAAAUGGAUGAAAUAGCAAAGAGUCGGGGCAAUAAGUGGUCCAAUAAUCCUGAGCUCUGGUUGAUCUGGAACCGGCUUCAACGCAACAUGAAGUGUGGGUGCACGGCCUGUACCCCUCUCAGCCCUGAGAGUUGUUCAGAUCCGGUAUUCGUGGUUCCUUACAUGCCAUUGUCGAAUUAA